GGACAGUUCGCCGCCGAUCUGGAUCGCCAUCGCCAUCGCCGUCGCUGCCACUGCCCUCCCUGCCGCACCUCAGCCAGCGCCGCUUGCACGCUCUCAGUCUGAGACCGCAUCCGAGACACAUCCAAGCCAUGUUCCUGUCCAGAGUCAGUCGCACCAUCUCGAGAAUGGGCCCGUCAUCACACGGCGUCCGGGCACUGACAUCAUCGGCGACCCACGACGCUUCCCCCCUCCCUGCAUCCGAAGUGGCUCUCCGGGUCCGACAGAUUGUCGAGAAAUACGUGGCAUGCAAGGACGGCGAGUGGCAGGAAGUCCAGCUGGCCUCGCCCUCGUUGAAAUUCAAGAUCGUCAGUGAAGCCAUGACCCAGUGCGGCCAGCCGCUCUCCAACGUUGACCUCACAAACACUCUGGACGUCAAGUCGCUGGUAACCGCCCUGUCCCAGAAGCGAAAGUCUUCCGAGUCGAUCUUCAGCAACACUGAUUCCGUUGCCGAGUACUUCGAAAACGGCGAUGCACAGCUUCCGGCCAACGUAUAUCUCAUGGAAAGCAUUCAGGGCGAGCCCCGUCCCCCGUACACCCCUCCUCCAAAGAAGUUCCACCCACACAAGCGCUGAAUGUCCUCAAUUACACUUUGUAUCACGCCACUGCGAUGCAAUAACUCGAUCCCACUCGAGCUCGCCAUCUCUGUUGUGUCCGCGAGCGCCACUCAUCGAUUCCCACUUCCAGCGGAUGCAAUCUGUGCAGCAAAAGACGAGCCCUCCAAGACGGACUUGCUGUCGAUAACUGGAGACAGCCACGAAGGCCAUGGCGAGUCACUCAGCUUUUGUAAAUGAACCACUCGAAUAUGUGUGCUAUUCCGAAUAUAAUCCUUCUGAACAGGA